AUGGGCCACCUCAACGCGCAAAACUUCCACCAAGCGUACGUGCUAGCCGGGCGAGUGAAGCGGAAGUUGGUGCUGGACGCCAAUAACCCCCGUCUGGGGCUCCGCUCGCUUGUGUUGCAAGCGAACUUGUUGGACAACUUGAUGGGCGACAUUGACGAAUACUCCCAUGCCCGUUACUUGGAAAACAAGGCCGCCGCCCUCAAAUUGCAGCGUGAGCGCUUGGCGCAAUCGAAGGUGUCGCAAGUCAAGGCCGCCAACACUAAUAACACCAAGCCUGACCCCGUUGCCCACACUCUGAUAGAGUAUAACGAAGUCGAGCUGGAGCUGAGCGACGACGAAGACUACGUAGACACCUUCUCGUCGGAACUGGAGCUGGACUACCUGAGCGACGAAGACUGCUACGAUACCCCUGACGAAUUGGCCCAGUUGGUGACCGCCGUCACCCAGCUGAGCAUCAGACGUGAGAACCACAGCUUCAUUGAAGAGGAAGAGUUGACAUUCGAGGAAAACUAUUUCGCCCCCGCCAUCGCUGCGUGA